AUGAAGAGAAAUAUUGCUUGGAUUUUCUUAAUAUAUGAUGCAUGCUAUCUUUCUAUCACACUCUGUUCAUAUCUAGCAAGAUUGGCUAAUCACAUCUAUCGAUCUCAUUUCAUAUCUAUCACAAUCUGUUCAUAUCUAUCUAUCUAUCUAUCUAUCUAUCUAUCUAUCUGUUACAACACUAUCUAUCUAUCUAUCUAUCUAUCUAUCUAUCUAUCUAUCUAUCUUAGUCUCUUCAUAUCUAUCUAUCUAUCUAUCACAUUAUGUUUAUAUCUAGCUAUUCGCAGCUAUCACAUUUCAUAUCUAUCUAUUACACUAGCUGUUCACAUCUAUCUAUCUAUCUAUCUAUCUAUCUGUCUGUCUGUCUGUCUGUCUCUAGCUGUUCGCAUCUAUCUACCACAGUCUGUUCCUAUCUAUCUGUCUGUCUGUCACAUUCUAUCUAUCACAGUCUGUUCCUAUCUAUCUAUCUAUCUAUCUAUCUAUCUAUCUAUCUAUCUAUCUAUCUAUCACGGUCUGUUCAUAUCUAGCUAA